GGCUUACACCUACGCGGGCCUGGCGUACGGAGCAGAGUGCUACUGCGGGAACAAGCUCCCAGCGACCGCCUCGAAGCCCGAGGAGUGCAACAGCGAGUGCAAGGGGGAAAAGGGCUCCAUCUGCGGAGGGGUGAACCGGCUCUCUGUCUACAGGGUGGAGGAGCUGCGGGCAGGAGCGAGACGAUGGAGGAAUGUUAUCUAUCGAGGAUGUUUUAGAGCUCCAGAAAAUUUAACAGACACCUUUCCAGCCUCUUUGAUACAGCCCAAUUUGACGGUGGAGAUGUGCUCUGAAUUUUGCUCCAAGAAAGAGUUUCCCUUGGCAGUCAUCCGAGGGCAGGAGUGCUACUGCGGCUACCCCACCGGGCGCUUCUCGCUGCAUGACGGCACAGACGGGCUGCUCUGCAGCGGGACGCGCAACGCCAGCAGCACUGCCGAGGGAAAAUACUGCCUGGUCUAUCAGACACCGGUGCAAGACACCCGCUGCACAGACAGGAAAUUCUUAACCACGAAAUCCAAAGUGUUUGUUGCUUUGUCGAGCUUUCCUGGAGCUGGGAAUACGUGGGCUCGCCAUUUGAUAGAACAUGCCACAGGAUACUACACGGGAAGCUAUUACUUCGAUGGAGCCCUCUACAACAAAGGUUUUAAAGGAGAAAAAGACCACUGGAGAAGUAGAAGGACCAUCUGUGUGAAAACACAUGAAAGUGGCAAGACAGAGAUCGAAAUGUUCGACUCAGCGAUCCUGUUGAUAAGGAACCCGUACAAGUCGCUGAUGGCGGAGUUCAACAGGAAAUAUGCCGGGCACCUGGGGUACGCCACCGACCGCAACUGGAAGAGCAAAGAGUGGCCCGAUUUCGUGAACAGCUAUGCAUCCUGGUGGGCCUCCCACGUCCUGGACUGGCUGAAGUACGGGAAGCGCCUGCUCGUCAUCCACUACGAGGACCUGAAGCAGAGUCUCAUCCCCAAGCUGAAGGAAAUGGUGGAGUUUCUGAAUAUGACAGUGACAGAGGACCGACUGCUCUGCGUCGAGAACAACAGGGAUGGGAAUUUCAAGCGGUCUGGUGCUAAGCAAAAGGAUUUUGAGCCAUUCACCCAGGAAAUGAAAGAUCUUAUCAACAGAUACAUCCUGACAGUAGAUGAAGCCCUGAGGGGAAGAAACUUCACAGGGCUGCCCAGAGAAUACGUGCCAAGAUGAUAGCCUUGUAGCACUCAGCUGUGUUUAAAAAUAAAAUAAUUUUUUCUACCAAAAAAAAAAAAAAGAAAAAGAAAAAAGACCAGAGCUUUAUAGCAGUUAAAGCAAAGACACUUGUGGAGUCUGCUGAGCAGUGCAAAUUCUCUCCACUCCUGGGUGUUUUUCAGGGCACUAAGUGUUCCAGAAGGCAAGCAACGAAGGAUGGAAAUUGGGUUAUAAACCAAG